AUGGAGAACGUCAAGGAUAUGCCCGCCGAGUUCCUCAAGGAGGGUACUCUCUUCAUGAACCGCUGCACCAAGCCCGACAAGAAGGAGUUCAUCCGUAUCUCGCAAGCAGUCGGCAUCGGUUUCCUGAUCAUGGGUGUCAUUGGAUACAUUGUCAAGCUCGUCCACAUCCCCGUCAACAACAUCCUCGUCGGAGGCUCGUAG